AUGCGGCUGAAUAGCAAUACGGUGCUUGUGGGCACACGUGUGGUCCUGGUACCUUACCGUGCUCAGCAUGUUGCCAAAUAUCAUACGUGGAUGCAGGAUGCUGCGUUACAAGAACAAACUGCAUCGUCGCCGCUUUCGCUGGAGGAUGAUGAUACGCGCGUAGACGCAUGGAUAGCUGCGUGUCCAAUGAUCGGCGAUGUCAAUGUGUUUCUUGGCGAGCGAGACGAGGAGGAAGAUAUAGUAUGCGGCGAAAUGGAAGUGAUGAUUGCCGAGCAUGCCUACCGCAGGCAGGGAUUUGCGAGCGAGGCGUUGCAACUACUCAUGCACUACAUUACGAUGGUACGCGCCGAACCGUUUCCAUUACAUCCUACACACCUCUUUGCACGCAUCGGAUUGGCCAAUGCGCCGAGUAUCGCGCUCUUUGAACGGCUCGGUUUUGUUCGUUUCAAAGAGAAUACAGUAUUCCAAGAAGUGGAAGUACGUGCACGCGCCGACCGUUUCCAACGGAGGGCGCCGGACGCCGUCCUAACGUGGGAAGGGUAG